UCCGCAGAGCCGCAGCACCACCAUGUCCGGCAUCGCGUCCGCACUGGCCAAGCAGCGCGCGCUGGCCGCCGGCUUCGGCACCAACGCGAACGCGGUCAAGUACUUGAACCAGGACUUCGAGGGUCUGCGCAGACAGUACCUGUCGCAGGGGGCGCUCUUCUCGGAUCCCAACUUCCCAGCCGCGCCCGAGUCGCUGGGCUUUAAGGAGCUCGGACCCAACUCGUCCAAAACGCGAGGAGUGCAGUGGAAGCGACCGCGAGAGCUGUCCGCAAAUCCACAAUUCAUCAUCGACGGCGCCACCAGAACUGAUAUCUGCCAAGGAGCCUUGGGUGACUGCUGGCUUCUGGCUGCCAUUGCCUCGUUGACACUCAAUGAAGAUGUACUGGCCAGAGUUGUGCCCAGUGGACAGGGCUUUGGGGACAACUAUGCGGGAAUUUUUCACUUCCAGUUCUGGCAAUAUGGCGAGUGGGUAGAUGUGGUGAUCGACGACCGCCUGCCGACAAGGAAUGGAGAGCUGCUGUUUGUGCACUCUGCUGAGGGCUCGGAGUUUUGGAGUGCCCUGCUGGAGAAGGCCUACGCCAAAGUGAACGGAUGCUACGAGGCACUCUCGGGAGGCUCCACCACAGAGGGCUUUGAGGAUUUUACUGGUGGGAUUGCUGAAAGCUACGAACUGAAGAAAGCUCCUCCGGACAUGUUUGAUAUAAUAAGGAAAGCCCUCGAUUCAGGCUCGCUCCUUGGAUGCUCCAUUGACAUCACAAGUGCUGCAGAUUCUGAGGCUGUGACCCUACAGAAGCUGGUGAAGGGACAUGCGUACUCUCUUACAGGGGCUACAGAGGUGAACUACCGGGGGCGCAAAGAGAAGUUAAUUCGGAUCCGAAACCCCUGGGGACAGGUGGAAUGGACUGGACCGUGGAGUGACAACUCUUCUGAGUGGAACUACGUCGAUCACUCGGAGCGUUACAACGUGAAAGCAGACGAUGGAGAAUUCUGGAUGUCAUUUUCAGACUUCACGAGGCAUUAUUCUCGCUUGGAGAUUUGCACUCUUACGCCAGACACGUUGACCAGUGACCGCUUCAAACAGUGGAGUGUGUGCAAUCAUGAUGGCACCUGGAGGAGAGGGUCCACAGCAGGAGGCUGCAGGAACUACCCCAUGACCUUCUGGAUGAACCCACAGUUUGUUAUCAAGCUGGAUGAGGAGGAUGAUGGCACCAGGGGUGAGGGCUGCAGUCUUGUAGUAGGUCUGAUCCAGAAGAAUCGCAGACGUCUGAGGAAGUUGGGGGAGGACAUGGACACUAUUGGCUUCGCCAUUUAUGAGCUUCCAUCACAGUUUCACGGCCAGAGGGAUGUUCACUUGGACAAGAGCUUCUUCCUGACGCAUGCACAGACGGCCCGGUCUGAGACCUUCAUCAACCUGCGAGAAGUGUGCUCACGCUUCAAGUUGCCCCCCGGGGAGUACCUUUGUGUGCCCUCAACCUUCGAGCCGCAAAAAACUGGAGACUUCUGCCUCCGCGUGUUCUGCGAGAGUCAGGCUGACACCCAACGCUGUGAGGACCUUGUUGAUGCAGUGUUAGAAAAUGACACAGUUUCUGAUGGCGAGGUGGAUGCAGCAUUCAGGGGCAUGUUUAUGAAACUUGCAGGAAGUGACAUGGAAAUUUCCCCCGCAGAGCUGAGCACCAUUUUGAAUAGAAUUAUUGCAAAACGUACUGACAUAAAAACAGAUGGCUUUUGCUUGGAAACCUGCAGAGUCAUGGUCAACCUAAUGGAUGAUAGUGGAAACGGUAAACUGGGACUAGGAGAAUUUGCCACCCUGUGGAAAAAAAUCCAGAAGUAUCUGGGAAUCUAUAAGAAUUGUGACUUGGAUCAUUCAGGCACCAUCAGCACCACUGAGAUGCGAAUGGCCCUAAAGGAAGCGGGCUUUACUGUGAACAACAAAAUUUUCCAAAUCCUUAUUACUCGCUACUCAGAGCUUGACAUGACCAUUGACUUUGACAACUUUGUGUCCUGCCUAAUACGCCUUGAGAUGAUGUUCAGAAUCUUUAAGAAAGUAGAUGCACAUAACACUGGCAACAUAGAGCUUGAUUUUCAUCAGUUUCUGAUGUUCACUAUGAUCUAGAAAACCUCUGAAAGUCAUCAAGUGAAGAAGAGUGAACAGACGGCAUUAAAACCAGAGAAGAAACAAACAUUUUAAAGAAACUUUUAAUUUUAAAGGGCUUUUUGUAUGCAGUUCAUUUAGUGCUAUCUGCAAUAUUAUUUUUAUGGGAAAAAGGGAUCACUGGUGUUGGUGUUCUAUGACACUAAUAAAUUUAGAACUACAGUGAAGUGCAUUGUGUUUUACUGAUCUGGUAUAGCCAGAGACGUAGUUUACAUCUUGAGGUAGGUUGAGGUGAUGGUGUUUAAGUAACUUUAUGUUGAAGUAUACACACUAGUACAGUAGAGCUGUAACUUACACAGGGAUUGAGGGAAAGCUAAAAAUUGCUUAUAGCUAGUUCACCAUAUUUACUUUAUGGUAUACAAUGUGAUAAACUUGUACUUAUGUAACUUUGUAGUUAAAGAAUGGGACCCAAGUAUGUUGAAAUUUCAAAGAGAUUUAAUUUUGGGAUCAAACAACUACAUCUUGAGUUCAGAAUAAAAGUGUUUGGAA